AUGGUAUCACUUGACAAAGUGGCAGACUUAGCCUCGAUAACGACUGAACAGGAAUUAGAAAAUGAUGAAGAAUUGUUACAACCCUUAGAUCGAAGAGUUGAAGAAUAUGCCUAUUGGGAACAACAGAUUGAUGCUGUACUAUCAUUAUUAUACAGGAAACGAUUUAUGAAUGUCCAUAUGCUACGGAAAGGUAUAGAAUCAAUUGAUAAAGCAAUCUAUAGUAAAUUAAGCUAUUAUGAGCGAUGGGCUAUUUCUAUUGCUAAGCAUUGUUUGGAAUCUGGUAUAUUAACUCAAGAAGAUUUGAAUAAUAAAUAUGGGCCACCUUUACAUUCAACAGAUGAGCAAUUAUUUCAGGUUGGUGAUAAAGUACGUGUUCAUCAUGAAAACUAUGCUACCCGUUGGAUUAAACCUCAUUUACGCACUCCGGGUUAUUUGUAUGGCAAAGUUGGCAUUGUUGAAAGGUGUUGUGGAUCAUAUCCGAAUCCUGAAUACUUCGCUUAUGAUAACACUGAUAGUACUACUCAUAAGCAACCUCUUUAUCGAGUAAGAUUUAAUCAAAAAUAUAUUUGGAAUCGUUAUGAAGGUGGUAAUGAUGAUACCAUUGAUGUAGAAAUCUAUCAACAUUGGCUAAUGCCAGCAUCUCAAUCUCAUUCAUCAACAGAAGAUGAUGAAGAGGAAGGUUCUCAUGAACAUGAUUGUGGUCAUCAGCACAACGAUCAUACUCACGAUCAUAUUCACGAGGCUAGACCUAUUAUAGAACAAACAGCGAUAAAUCGUGAAGGCACACCGUUACCUGUUCAACAUUUAGCAGAAUCAUUAGUGAGUGCAUUAAUUGAUAAAAAUAUAAUCGAUCCUGAAGAAUUACGCAAACAGAUUGAAAUUAAUCAGAUGGCUGGAGUAGAACAAAGAGGAGCAAAUAUUGUUGUUGAAGCUUGGUUAAAUCCUGAAUUUAAAGAACGCUUAUUAAUAGAUGGUACGCGUACAAUUGUUGAAUUUUUGAAACUUGACAAAGUGAAUAAUGAUUUCGUGGUGUUAGAAAACACGGAUAAAAUUCAUAAUUUAGUUGUAUGUACUCUUUGUUCUUGUUAUCCUCGACAAUUGCUAGGUAUACCUCCUGGAUGGUAUAAGUCAAGAUCGUAUCGUGUCCAUGCGUCUAGGAAUCCUCGUUCUAUUUUACAAGAAUUUGGAACGGUACUUCCUGACGAUAUGAAAAUUCAAGUUCAUGAUAGCACUGCUGAUUUACGCUAUCUGGUAAUUCCUCGUCGUCCUGCCAAUACUCAGCAUUGGUCUCGAGAACAAUUGAUACCAAUAGUUACUCGUGAUAGUAUGAUUGGUGUUUGUGAUAUUACUACUUAA